GGUAACAAAAACAGCGUCUUAUAUUAUAAGCCAGCCACAUCUGUACAUCUAACCUUCCUUCUCGGCCGACCAUAAAAGAGAGUCUCUUUCUUCUCUAAAGAAAAAAGAAAAAAUAAAGACCCUUUAGGUUCUCUCUGGAUUUUUAUUUUCACUUCUCUUCUUCUUGAUUGUUCUUCUGUGCUUCGUUUUUAUCUUUGAAUUUUAGACUUUUUUUUUGGGGUAUCACAUGGCGAGGCUGCUGGUUCAUUCAACUAAUGUUCCUACGAUAGUUUCUGGUAUAAAGCAUGGCCAAUCUCAAGAAUUUGAAACAUCAACAAGGAUGACCACCAAAAUGAUGUGCAGUUCACGGUCACCAACAUUGAUAUUGAGAGGAUUCUCAGGCCUGCGAAGUUCAAACUGUUUAGACACAUUGCUAAAUUCCAGACAUGAUUUCCAUUCCAGGGUUGCAAUCACAAUGUCCUGCAGGCAACAGAAGGCUAAGCGGUUUUUACCUAGGGCUAUGUUUGAGCGCUUCACAGAAAAAGCAAUUAAAGUGAUUAUGCUUGCCCAGGAGGAAGCAAGACGGCUUGGUCACAACUUUGUUGGCACAGAGCAAAUCUUGCUGGGUCUUAUUGGUGAAGGAACUGGUAUUGCUGCAAAGGUGCUUAAAUCUAUGGGAAUCAAUCUUAAGGAUGCACGUGUAGAAGUGGAGAAGAUUAUAGGGAGGGGCAGCGGAUUUGUUGCAGUGGAAAUUCCAUUUACUCCUCGUGCAAAGCGUGUGUUGGAACUCUCACUGGAGGAAGCCCGCCAGCUUGGUCACAACUAUAUUGGAUCUGAGCACUUGCUUCUUGGGCUGCUUCGUGAAGGUGAAGGAGUAGCAGCCCGUGUUCUUGAGAAUUUAGGUGCUGACCCAAGCAACAUACGCACACAGGUCAUUCGCAUGGUUGGUGAAAGCACAGAAAAUAUUCCUGCUACUGUUGGACCAGGAGGUGGUAGCAAUAAGAUGCCUACACUUGAAGAGUAUGGAACUAAUUUGACCAAGCUAGCAGAGGAGGGUAAGUUGGAUCCUGUUGUUGGAAGACAGCCACAAAUAGAGCGAGUAAUCCAAAUCUUGGGUCGGCGAACUAAAAAUAAUCCCUGUCUUAUUGGAGAACCAGGGGUUGGGAAAACAGCAAUUGCAGAAGGUCUUGCUCAACGUAUAGCAAGUGGUGAUGUCCCUGAAACGAUUGAGAGAAAGAAGGUUAUUACCCUUGAUAUGGGUCUUCUCGUUGCUGGAACCAAGUACCGAGGAGAGUUUGAGGAAAGAUUGAAGAAGCUAAUGGAAGAAAUCAAACAAAGUGACGAAAUAAUUCUUUUUAUUGAUGAGGUGCAUACAUUAAUUGGAGCUGGAGCAGCAGAAGGUGCAAUUGAUGCUGCCAAUAUCCUGAAACCAGCUCUUGCGAGAGGUGAAUUGCAGUGUAUUGGAGCUACAACAUUGGAUGAAUACAGAAAGCACAUUGAAAAGGACCCUGCUUUAGAAAGACGAUUCCAGCCAGUCAAAGUGCCUGAGCCAUCUGUUGAUGAAACAAUUCAGAUUCUGAAAGGGCUGCGAGAGCGAUAUGAGAUCCACCACAAGCUCCGUUACACAGAUGAAGCUCUAAUAGCUGCUGCACAGUUGUCAUAUCAGUACAUCAGUGACCGUUUUCUUCCUGAUAAGGCAAUUGACUUGAUUGAUGAAGCUGGUUCUCGGGUUCGCCUUCGUCAUGCACAGGUCCCUGAGGAAGCUCGGGAGCUUGAGAAAGAGGUCAGGCAAAUAACAAAGGAGAAGGAUGAAGCUGUCCGCAGCCAAGAUUUUGAAAAGGCUGGUGAAUUACGGGAUCGUGAAAUGGAUCUAAGAGCACAAAUUGCAGCUAUUGUGGAGAAAGGCAAGGAGAUGAGCAAGGCUGAGACUGAGGCAGGGGAUGUGGGUCCUGUUGUCACUGAAUCAGACAUUCAGCACAUCGUCUCUUCUUGGACUGGCAUUCCUGUUGAGAAAGUAUCAACUGAUGAAUCUGAUCGCCUCUUGAAGAUGGAAGAGACCUUGCAUAAGAGAGUCAUUGGUCAGGAUGAAGCUGUCAAAGCCAUUAGCCGUGCUAUUCGCCGAGCUCGUGUUGGACUCAAGAACCCCAAUCGUCCAAUUGCUAGCUUCAUAUUUUCGGGCCCAACUGGUGUAGGGAAGUCAGAACUGGCAAAAGCACUAGCUGCCUACUACUUUGGCUCUGAAGAAGCCAUGAUACGCCUUGAUAUGAGUGAGUUCAUGGAAAGACACACAGUCUCCAAGCUCAUUGGUUCACCUCCUGGUUAUGUUGGUUACACUGAGGGUGGGCAGUUGACAGAGGCUGUUCGUCGCCGGCCUUACACUGUAGUACUCUUUGAUGAGAUUGAGAAGGCCCAUCCUGAUGUCUUCAACAUGAUGCUUCAGAUUCUUGAAGAUGGAAGGUUGACUGACAGCAAGGGAAGAACUGUGGACUUCAAGAAUACACUUCUGAUAAUGACUUCAAAUGUUGGAAGCAGUGUUAUUGAGAAGGGAGGACGGAGAAUAGGAUUUGACCUUGAUUAUGAUGAGAAGGAUAGCAGUUACAAUCGGAUCAAGAGUCUGGUGACAGAGGAAUUGAAGCAAUAUUUCAGGCCAGAAUUCUUAAAUAGGUUGGAUGAGAUGAUUGUCUUCCGGCAGCUCACUAAGCUUGAGGUCAAGGAGAUAGCUGAUAUAAUGUUGAAGGAGGUGUUUGACAGGCUGAAGGGCAAAGAUAUAGAACUUCAAGUGACAGAGAGAUUUAGAGAGAGGGUCGUUGAAGAAGGGUAUAACCCAAGCUAUGGGGCAAGGCCAUUGAGAAGAGCCAUAAUGAGACUACUGGAGGACAGCAUGGCUGAGAAAAUGCUUGCAGGAGAGAUCAAAGACGGUGACUCGGUUAUUGUGGAUGUUGAUUCUGAUGGGAAUGUUAUUGUGCUCAAUGGUAGCAGUGGGUCUCCGGAGUCGUUGCAAGAUGCAUUGUCCAUCGUGUAAGCCAAGGACUCACUAUUCGGCAACCUUGGCCCACUUAUUGACUGCAUGGUUUUUUAACGUAAAAUUGGAAAUGUAGUUGUAGCCUGUUUAGUUGAAAUGACUACUCAGGAAGUGAAACUGGGGCCAUUAUUUUAUUGCUGGCUGGAUUUGAAGACUGCUCAUAUCACCAUGAAUAGUUAGGUGCCAGAUAGUGAAAUUCUGGUAUUUGAGUUAGCUUUUCAUAAUAUAUUCAUGGAUAGAGUUAUGAUUUAGUUUUUUUUUUUCCCCUUUUCUUUUUUGGUUGCUUUCAUGUAAUUGGAAAUUGUGUUUUAGUCUUGCUUCUAUCAAGAAGUAUUCCACCUUUUUUU